AUGGUCAAAUUCUUAAAAUGUCAAUGUAUGGAUGAAACAGCAGAACAAGAUACUGAAACUAGUUUAGAUGAAGAAAUUGCCAAACUUUCCCAUGAGGAUCUUUUGGAAAUAACACAAAGCAGCUUGAGAAGACUGAUAACUGCUGAUCCUUUGCUCAAAGACUUACCUGUUGAUGUUACUGUUGAGGAAGUGUUGGCACAAAUAGCAGUUGCUCAGGGUCAAUCUAUCACAGUAGUUGUCACCAGAUACUCAGAAUCUCCUUUGAAUGUUGUGAUUUCCCAACGGGGAACAACUGUGUUGGAUUUGAAGAAAGCAAUAAAACGUAGCUUCACUCUGCGACAGCAGCGUCAAAGGAUCAAAACGAAAAUAAGUUGGCGCUACGUGUGGAGGACUUUCCAUUUACAGAACGUCCAAAAUGGCCAGGUGAUGAGAGAUGACAAAAAAGAAGUUUCUGAAUAUGGUAUAGCAAAUAAAUCUGAAAUCAGAUUCGUGAAGAGACUGAGGAAGGAAUCUUCACACUCUCUGAGACAUGCUGACUAA